AUGGGACGAGAGACUGUUAUAGGGUUGGUUGGGAAACCUAGUGCUGGGAAAUCCACAACCUUGAACGCUUUGACCGAUGCCAACGCCAAAAUUGGAGCAUUCCCUUUCACAACCAUUGAUCCCAAUAAAGCGACGGGAUAUCUUGAAAUUGAAUGUGCUUGUAAAAAAUUUGAUGUCAGUGAUAAAUGUAAACCUACCUAUGGAUAUUGUCAAAAUGGAAAGAGAGGUGUACCUAUAAUGUUAUUGGAUGUAGCAGGAUUGGUCCCUAAUGCUCACCUUGGAAGAGGUUUGGGAAAUAAGUUCUUAAGUGAUUUAACUGAAGCUGAUUGUUUAAUUCAUAUAGUGGAUGUUAGUGGUACUACUGACGCUGAGGGUAAAGCAACUAGAGGUUAUGAUCCAUUACAGGAUAUAGAAUGGUUACAAGAUGAAAUAUUCAGGUGGAUCUUGGGAAAUUUGAAAGAAAAAUGGGGCUCAAUUGUUAGAAGACACAUUGCUACUAAAUCUUCUAGUGUGGAGACUUUAAGACAACAAUUGGGUGGUUAUUAUGCUAAUAAACAGACCAUUCAAAAAACCUUGGACUUAAUUCCUGAUUUACCUCCUUUGAAUGAAUGGGAUGAUGAAAUGAUUGGAAAUGUCAUCAGAAAAUUCAUGGAAGUUAAAUUCCCUACAGUUUUAGCUUUAAAUAAGAUGGAUCAUCCUGACAGUGAUAAAAACGUUUCUAAGAUCAUACUAAAAUACCCAGAAUCCAAAUGUAUCUUAACAUCAUCCAUUACCGAAAUCUUAUUGAGAAAACUUGCCAGUCAAAAAUACAUUCAAUAUGAAUCAGGUACAGAAUUCAUUGACACCAAAGAAGAUUUACCCGAUUCAGACUUGAAACCUCUAGACGAUAAAUUAGCCAAAAGAAUUGAAAAUAUCAGGGAUUUGGUGUUAUAUAGAUUUGGUUCUACAGGUGUUGUUCAAUUGUUACAAGCGGCUGUUGAUGUGCUUGAUUUGAUACCAGUGUAUACUGUGAGAAAUAUUCACACCUUUACGGGAGCUUCUGGAUCUGAAGUAUUCAGGAACUGUAGUUUGGUGAAAAGGGGUACUUCAGUCAUAUCUAUUGCUCGUAAGAUAAUGGGAGAUGUUACCAUUGCUGCUAUUGAAACCGUUGGGGGAGUUAAGGUUGGUGAAGAAGAUACUGUAGAUGUUGGGAAAAAUGAUAUUCUUUCGUUUAAGAUUGUUCCUGGAGGUAAUUAA